GCAGACACGGUUACUGUGUGUGCUUAAGGCUGACAUGAAAGAAGGAAACUAGGGGUGGCUGAGAAAAAAAAUAAAAAAGUCACAGAGACAUAAAAGAGCCAACAAAAAAACUACUGCUGAGAAGAAGAAACACGCAUCAGAUUUUCACCACCACACCACAGAGAAUAGAGAAGAAGAAAACGAUCAAUUUCAUCACCACACUACUGAGAAAAAGAUGGAGUACAAAGUGACAGUGGCCACCGGGACUUCUGAAUAUUCAGGGACCAAUAAUUAUGUGUACGUGACUCUGAUUGGAGAGAAAGGAAAGAGCGAGAGGACGCUGCUGGACAAUCCUGGCCUGGACUUCUGCAGAGGAGCUGUGGAUGAUUACAUAGUUAAAAGCGAUACUGAUUUGGGCCCCCUGAUUCUGGUGCGACUGGAGAAGCAUAAGUACUUCAUAGAAGACAACUGGUUCUGCCGCUACGUGAAAGUCAGUGUACCUGGAGAAAGAUGUUGUUACACAUUUCCUUGUUACCGCUGGCUUGUGGGAGAUGGAGUGUUUGUAGAGCUCAGAGAAGGCACAGCCAAAAAGCUGAGCGAAGACAGUCUGCCGCUGGAAAUGGCUCACAGACAAUCAGAGCUUCAGGAGAGGCAGAAAACAUACAGAUGGGUUGCAUGGGCUCCUGGCAUUCCCAAAUGCAUUGAUGCAAAAAGUGAAGCUGAUCUGCCCCAGGACGCUCGAUUUGACAACGAGAAACGCAGUGAUUUUGAGGGAUCUCUUCAUUAUGCUCUGUUGGAGCUCUCACUGAAAAAAUUGGCAAUCCGGUUUGGAAAGUCCUGGAGUGACCUGGAGGAUUUCAGGAGGAUCUUCUGGAAACUAAGAAGCCCCAUAGCUGAAUACACCAUGGAGCACUGGAAAGAAGACUGGUUUUUUGCUUACCAGUUCUUGAACGGCUCAAACCCACGGAAUAUCACCAGAUUGAAAAAGGUGCCUUCAAACUUCCUUGUCACUGGAGACAUGGUUCAGUCAUCUCUGAUACCCACAACCACUCUGAAUGAGGAACUCAAGAAAGGAAACAUUUUCCUGGUUGAUCAUGCAAUACUGGAUGGGAUUCCUGCCAAUGUAAUCAGAAACAGCCCCCAGUAUAUUGCUGCCCCACUCUGCUUACUGUAUGAACACCCUGAGAAAGGGCUCAUUCCCAUCGCCAUACAGCUUGAACAGAAACCUGAUAAGGACACACCCGUAUUUCUGCCCAGUGAUCCACCUCUGGCCUGGUUGUUGGCUAAGAUGUGGGUUCGUCAUGCUGAAUUCCAGGUCUUUCAGUUGUUGUCUCAUCUGCUGCGCACACAUUUGAUGGUAGAAGUGAUCUGUGUGGCCACACUACGGCAGCUGCCAGCUGUUCACCCCAUAUAUAAGCUCUUGACUCCACACUUGAGGUACACGCUGGAGAUUAACUGUCGUGGCAGAACACAGCUCCUCUCUCCAGAGGGCAUCUUCAAAAGGGUGGUGUCCACAGGUGGAGAAGGUCUCUUGAUAUUGGCUCAAAGGGAGUAUAAAGUUCUGACCUAUCGCUCUCUUCAGCCUAAAUUUGACUUCUUGGACAGAGGGGUUACUAAAGUGAAAGGCUAUGUUUACAGAGACUACUCUCUGAUGCUGUGGGAUGUGAUUCAGAAUUUUGUUUCAGGAAUUGUUUCCCUGUACUACCAGUGUGACAGUGACGUGCAAGAGGACUCUGAGCUUCAGGCCUGGAUUCAUGAUGUGGCUGUGGAAGGCUUUGUGGAUGUUCCUGAAUUUGGCCUGGCCAGUGAUAUGAAGACAAAAGAGGAGCUGAUCACUCUGUUAAGUGUGGCGAUCUUCACCAGCACAGCACAACAUGCUGCCACAAACAACGGACAGUUUGACUGGUGCGCUUGGGUACCCAACACCCCCUGCACCAUGAGACACCCCCCACCAAGAGAUAAAGAUGCAGUGACCAUGGAAAUGAUUAUGGACACGCUGCCCGACAUCAGCCAGUCCUGUGUGCAGAUGGCCAUCACAUGGCAUUUGGGCCGGGCACAGCCUGAUGCGAUCCCAAUGGGCCAGUAUGUGGAGCAGUACUUCACUGAACCCGCUGCUUUGAAGGUGAUUGACAAAUUCAGGAAAGAGCUGAAAGAACUGGAGGACAAGAUAAUGGCCCAGAACGAGGGACUCGAACUUCAGUACCUUUACCUUUGUCCAAGCCGCAUGGAAAACAGCAUCACUAUUUAGAGACAAAACAAACACUACCUGACAAAAGUCGUCGCCUAUCCAAGUAUUAGGAGCAGCAAAUAAUAACUUGACUUCUAGGUGAUCAUUUGGUAUCAGAUGUGGCUUAUAUGAAAGGCAAAGGCCUCUAGAUUACACUUAUUUUACCAAAAAAAAACAUGAUCCUGCCUUGAUUUUUAAUUGUUUAAUUAGGACAGUAAGGUCUGACUUUGCUUGGACAGUCUUGUUGCGUAAUGUGCAGAAAUAAUGUCAAAGAAAGCGUUCUUGCAGGACUCCUCGAAUCAUCAAGAUUCUUUGAAUUCAUCUUCAAUGCCUUCUCCUUCAUCUUACCCCAGACAUGCUCAAUGAUGUUCUUAUCUGGUGACUGGGCUGGCCAAUCUUGGAGCACCUUGACCUUCUUUGCUUUCAGGAACUUUGUGGAGGCUUAAGUAUGAGAAGGAGCGCUAUGAAGAAUAAUAGCACAGAAUCUUCUGCCAAAUCUACCUUCUGCCACUUUUCCAAAUGAUCAAUUAGAAGUCAAGUUAUUAUUUGUUGCUAUUACAACUGGGAUCGACGGCAAUUCUUUUGUCAGGUAGAGUACAUGUAAAUACGCAUUUGUACCAUCUUUUCCAGUCAAUGACUUGCUCAGCAAUGGGAUCUAUCACAGCAUGUGUCAAAAUUGUAAUAUAUAUCAUUUGAAACUUUGUAAAGCAUCAGUACGUAAAGCUUUUUUAUAUUCACUUUAGUGAACCGUUUUUUUUAGUUUGAUUUUAAACUAAUAAUGUGCAUUGAACUGUUUGAACGGAACUUUCUAUGAGCUGUUUCUGUGUAUAUUUUACCACUGUAUGCAUCAGCUUUAGAAAACACACGUUUUAUAUUUAAUACAUUUUUGUUUCAGAUGCAGACAAUGCAUCAUCACUAAACUUUAAUCUGUGUACAUAUGCAUGCAUUGGCUUUUCAUUUGUCCAUUACAAAUAAAGAUUUUUGUUAACACUUUAGGUCACAAUUUAUUUUAUUAACUACUCGCCUAUUACCUGCCUAUUAUUAAGAUAUUAACUGUUCAUUAGUGGUUAUGAAGUAUGAUCUUAUUCUGCAUCCCCAAUUCUUCCCAUAAACUAAACUCAGCUUCUACCUUACUAUGAAUAAACAGUUAAUUAGUUGUUUAUUAAGGUAGUAGUGUUAGUUAAUGGUUUGUUAAUAUCGUGAAGUAUGACCUAAAGUGUCACCAGACAUUUUUAUUUAAUAUUUUAGUGUUGUAUUCUUAUUUUACUUGUAAUAUUUUCCUGCAUAUCUUUAUCUGUGGACACCAUUCAUUAAAAAAUUAUAAAUCA